CAAGCACAAUAACAAGACCCCUUUCUCACUUUUGUAGUUCACCAUACAGGGUUUGGCUCCCUCAAAAAUUUCCAGUGAAUUCUAUAGAGUACUGAAUACACACACACACACACACACACACACACACACAUACGUUACAUAUAUAGUCUUCAACAUUGAGUAGAGUCUGUGCACUUUAGCACACAGUUGAUCAUCAACUACAAAUCAUGGUGUUCAAUAUAACCUCCAUUAAGACAUCAUCCAAUGGAGUUUGGCAAGGUGAUAACCCCCUACACUAUGCCUUCCCAUUGUUGAUAGUCCAAACCACCUUAGUCCUCGUCCUCAGUCGCUCUCUUGCCUUCCUUCUCAAGCCCAUGCGCCAACCCAAAGUCAUUGCAGAGAUAGUUGGUGGAAUUAUUCUCGGACCAUCAGCUUUAGGCCGAAACAAAGAAUACUUGCACAGGAUUUUCCCGUCAUGGAGUACUCCGAUCCUCGAGUCGGUCGCGAGCAUCGGCCUCCUCUUCUUCCUCUUCCUUGUCGGCCUCGAGCUCGACCUAAGCUCGAUCGGCCGUAGUGGCAGAAGAGCUUUUGCUAUCGCUGCAGCCGGAAUCUCACUACCGUUCAUCUCCGGUGUUGGAGUCGCCGUAGUCCUCCGAAAAACAGUUGAAGGAGCCGACAAAGUCGGCUUCGGUCAAUACCUAGUCUUCAUGGGAGUGGCUCUCUCCAUCACUGCCUUCCCGGUGCUGGCCCGCAUCUUGGCAGAGCUCAAGCUGCUCACGACACGCAUCGGCGAGACGGCCAUGGCCGCGGCCGCAUUCAACGACGUGGCCGCAUGGAUCCUACUAGCCCUGGCCGUAGCCUUGGCGGGAAACGGUGCGGGUGGACCCCAAAAGAGCCCCAUCAUAUCUUUAUGGGUACUACUAUCAGGUGUUGCUUUUGUUGCCUUCAUGAUGGUCUUUAUCAGACCCGUCAUGGACCGGGUCGCUAAACGGUGUUCGCCCGAUCAUGACACCAUCGACGAAGCAUAUAUAUGCUUGACUCUAGGCGCUGUGAUGGUGUCCGGGUUCAUGACAGACUUCAUAGGCAUUCAUUCGAUAUUCGGAGCGUUUGUUUUCGGUCUGACCAUUCCGAAAGGAGAGUUUGCUGAGAGAUUGAUUGAGAGGAUAGAAGAUUUUGUGUCCGGGUUGCUUUUGCCGCUUUACUUUGCGUCCAGCGGGUUGAAGACCGACGUGGCGAAGAUAAGUGGCGGAAAGGCGUGGGGGCUGUUGGCGCUCGUGAUCACGACGGCGUGUGCCGGGAAGAUAACCGGUACCUUCGCGGUGGCAAUGAUAUGUAAGAUUCCGGCGAGGGAGGCGUUGACGCUGGGGGUGCUCAUGAAUACCAAAGGAUUGGUGGAGCUUAUUGUGCUCAACAUCGGCAAGGAGAAAAAGGUGCUUAACGAUGAGGUGUUUGCUAUAUUAGUCCUCAUGGCAUUGUUCACCACCUUCAUGACAACCCCAACGGUGAUGGCCAUCUACAAACCUGCCCGGAACAUCCCCUCCCGGACCUUCCGCCGCCUACAAUCUGCCUCUGAAAGCAUCAAAGAUGAGCUAAAGAUCCUCGCAUGCGUUCACGGACCAGGGAACGUACCCUCACUCAUCAACCUCAUUGAGUCAACUCGGUCUACCAACAAGUCCGGACUCAAACUAUACAUCAUGCACCUCGUUGAGCUCACAGAACGGUCAUCGUCAAUCGUGAUGGUCCAACGCUUCCGAAAGAACGGCUUUCCGUUCAUAAACCGCUUCCGUCAGGGUGAGUUACACGACCGAGUCGGGGUGGCGUUCCAAGCAUACGGACAACUCGGCCGAGUUAACGUCCGACCCAUAACUGCCAUAUCAGCAUUGCCCACAAUGGACGAGGACAUAUGCCAUGUGGCGGAAGACAAGGGGGUGACAAUGAUCAUAUUGCCUUUCCACAAACAAUGGAGGAAAGAGAUGGGUGAGGUUGAGGUAGAGAACAUGGGACACGGGUGGAGAGGCAUCAAUCAGAGGGUGCUGAAGAACGCACCGUGUUCCGUGGCGUUGCUUGUGGACCGUGGAUUCGGCGGUGGGUCCCAACAGACACCAGGACCCACAGCCACAGUGGCACAGAGGGUGUGUGUGGUGUUCUUUGGUGGUCCGGACGACAGGGAGGCCUUGGUGUUGGGUGGUCGGAUGGCAGAACAUCCGGCUGUUAAAGUGACCGUUAUAAGGUUCAUUGAGAAAGAAGGGUUGGAAGGUAAUGGCAUUGUGUUGCGCCCAUCGCCAAACAAGUGUAGAGAGAAGAGUUAUAGCUUCUCAACUGCCACCAUCAACAUUAACCGCGAGAAGGAGAAGGAGUUGGACGCAGGGGCGGUGGUGGAGUUCCAAAGGAAGAAUGAGGGAAUGGUGGAGUACAUAGAGAAGGUGGCAAGCAAUGUCAUGGAGGCAGUGUUGGAGAUAGGGAGAAGAAGGGACUAUGACCUUAUCGUUGUAGGGAAGGGUCGGUUCCCAUCGACGAUGGUGGCAGAGCUGGCGGACUGCCAAGCUGAGCACGCCGAGCUAGGGCCCAUUGGAGACCUGCUGGCCUCAUCAAACCAAGGGAUUGUUUCUUCAGUGCUUGUGAUUCAAGAACAUGAUGUAGCCCAUGUAGAGGAGGCUCCAGUGUCAAAAAGGUUUCAAAGAGAAGAUGACAGAGUCGCAGCCAAUGGGUCAUCCAGUAUGGUAUAGAGAUCACCAAGGACUUAAAAUGUGACAUAAAUAAAUUGGAUGCAUAAUUGUUUGUCGCUUAUAAGUUUCAGUUCAGUCCAAAAAUCCAGGGAUAUAUCGCUAUAGGUACCUUGAGAUACUCUAUAGGUCUGAACUGCUAUAUUUUUCUUAUCCAUAGAUACAAGAAAGUUGCAAAUAAGACCCACUGCCUUGUGUCUAUAUGGAUAAGAAAUUGCAGCGUGUAACGAGUAUAUUAAUUGUGCAUAGCAGAAGUUGAUGUUUCGUUUGACAAAAAAAAAAAUGGUAGUUAAAAUUGUUUCUGGUUGA